AUGGCAAUCAACGAUCUCGCCACCAUCGAUGCAUCAAAAGAGAAUUGGUCUAUUGUAGCUAAGGUGAAUUGUUUGUGGCUUAACCCUAGCUUAUAUGGAUCCAAGCUUCCAUUUUCCAUGGACAUGAUUCUUAUGGAUGAAAAGGGUUGUAAGAUUCAUGCUUCGGUUAGGAAGACUCUGAUAUACCGAUUCCAAUCUUUGCUAAGUGAAGGAUGUGUAUAUCAGAUUUCUAUUAUUGCUCCUGGAAUGGGAGAAAAUCACUCCAUGCGUGUUUUAUUAAAUAGGCAAAAAGGUUGUGACAGUUUUAAAAGCAUAAGAACUGUAAAGGUUGUUGUUUAUCCCACAUUCCGCAAUGCAUGCGAAGCGAUGGGAUUAAUGGAGGAUGACCGGGAGUAUGUUAAUGGAAUUUCAAUUGCAAGUGAACUUGGUUCCGGAUCUCAUCUACGGAAAUUAUUUACAAGAAUGCUUAUGACAAACUUGAUUUCCAGGCCACAAGAAGUUUGGAGAAAGUCUUGGACUCUUUUAAGUGAUGGGAUUUUAUAUGAAAGAAGAAAAUCACUCAACAUUCUAGAGCAAGAGAUUGUUUAUAAGAAUGUUUUGGACGUUGUGUUGUCUGAUAACGGUGGAUUCUUUUUUCUAUAUGGUUUUGGAGGAACUGGAAAAACAUUUGUUUGGAAUACAUUAUCUGCUGCUUUGCGUUCAAGGGGCCUUAUGGUCUUAAAUGUCGCAUCUAGCGGAAUUGCAUCGCUAUUGUUACCUGGAGGUAGAACGACUCAUUCAAGGUUUUCUAUUCCUAUUUCGAUAAAUGAGAUAUCAACCUGUAAUCUUCGUCACGGUUCCCCAAAAGCUGAAUUAUUGAAAAAAGCAAGCCUAAUUAUUUGGGAUGAGGCACCUAUGUUAAACAAACAUUGCUUUGAAGCUUUAGACAGAUCUCUUAAUGACAUUAUGAAGACUCAGUCUACCCAUGGUUAUGACAUUCCAUUCGGAGGUAAAGUUGUGGUACUAGGAGGCGACUUUAGACAAAUACUUCCAGUUAUUUCCAAAGGAAGUCGUUCUGAAAUCUUCGGUUCAGCUAUCAAUUCUUCAUAUUUGUGGAAUCAUUGCAAGGUAAUGAAGUUGACUGUUAAUAUGAGAUUACAAAAUGCUACAUCGACUUCUUCAGCAUCAGAAAUAAAAGAGUUUCCAGAUUGGUUGCUUCAAGUGGGAGAUGGUACAGCUAAAACGAUUGGUGAGGAAGAAACACUUAUUGAGAUUCAUCCAGAUCUUCUUAUUGAACAGUGUAAGGAACCGUUGCUUGAAUUAGUUAAUUUUGCAUAUCCAAACCUUGCGCAUAAUUUGCAAAAAAAAUCAUUCUUUCAAGAAAGAGCGAUCUUUGCACCAACACUAGAAUGUGUAGAGGAAAUCAACAACUUUAUGUUAGCAAUGAUUCCUGAUGAUGAAACAGAAUAUUUGAGUUGUGAUACUCCGUGCAAGUCAGACGAAGAUUCGGGUGUCAAUGCAGAAUGGUUUACAUCUGAAUUCUUAAAUGAUUUCAAAUGCUCUGGAAUUCCAAACCAUGCAAUUAAACUGAAAGUUGGUGUCCCUAUCAUGCUCAUUCGAAACAUAUACCAAGGUGCAGGGUUGUGUAAUGGCAACAAGGUGGUGGUUGAAUCAAUGCAUGGUAAAGAUGCAGGGAGGUUGUUUGAUAAUCUUGAUUGA